ACCCAGACUGUGGCGUCUCGCUGGACUGCAGCUCUCAGGCCUACUUUGUAAAAGUUGCACAUCAUCUUGUAACAAUGAGAGAAAUCGUACACAUUCAGGCUGGGCAAUGUGGUAACCAGAUUGGUGCCAAGUUCUGGGAGGUGAUCAGCGACGAACAUGGGAUCGACCCCACUGGCACCUAUCAUGGAGACAGUGACCUGCAGCUGGACCGCAUCAGUGUGUACUACAAUGAGGCCACAGGAGGUAAAUAUGUGCCCAGGGCCAUCCUAGUUGACCUGGAGCCUGGCACCAUGGACUCGGUGCGCUCAGGACCCUUUGGACAGAUCUUCAGACCUGACAACUUUGUUUUUGGUCAGAGUGGUGCCGGUAACAACUGGGCCAAGGGCCACUACACGGAAGGUGCCGAGCUGGUGGAUUCGGUGCUGGAUGUGGUGAGGAAAGAAUCUGAGAGUUGUGACUGCCUCCAAGGCUUCCAGCUCACACACUCCCUGGGUGGUGGUACCGGUUCUGGCAUGGGCACCCUACUCAUCAGCAAGAUCCGUGAAGAGUAUCCUGACCGUAUCAUGAACACCUUCAGUGUUGUGCCUUCACCCAAAGUGUCUGACACAGUGGUUGAGCCCUACAACGCAACCCUGUCAGUACACCAGCUAGUUGAGAACACAGACGAGACCUACUGCAUUGACAAUGAGGCUCUGUAUGACAUCUGCUUCCGCACACUCAAGCUAACCACGCCCACUUACGGCGACCUCAAUCAUCUGGUAUCAGCUACCAUGAGUGGCGUUACAACCUGCCUGCGAUUCCCUGGCCAGCUCAAUGCUGACCUCCGCAAGCUCGCCGUCAACAUGGUGCCCUUCCCUCGCUUGCACUUCUUCAUGCCCGGCUUCGCCCCGCUGACCAGCCGUGGCAGCCAGCAGUACCGUGCCCUCACAGUGCCUGAGCUCACCCAGCAGGUGUUCGAUGCCAAGAACAUGAUGGCAGCUUGCGACCCACGUCACGGUCGCUACCUCACCGUUGCAGCGGUCUUCCGUGGCAGAAUGUCCAUGAAGGAGGUGGACGAGCAGAUGCUCAAUGUCCAGAACAAGAAUAGCAGCUACUUUGUGGAGUGGAUUCCAAAUAACGUCAAAACAGCUGUCUGCGACAUCCCCCCAAGAGGACUCAAGAUGGCAGUCACCUUCAUUGGCAACAGCACAGCCAUCCAGGAGCUGUUCAAGCGCAUCUCGGAGCAGUUCACCGCCAUGUUCCGCCGCAAGGCCUUCUUGCACUGGUACACUGGAGAGGGGAUGGAUGAGAUGGAGUUCACCGAGGCCGAGAGCAACAUGAACGACCUGGUGUCCGAGUACCAGCAGUACCAGGAUGCCACAGCUGAGGAAGAGGGAGAGUUCGAUGAGGAUGCUGAGCAGGAUGCCUAAGCAGCCAGAGAAAGUUUAGUCAAGAAUUAGUUGAUGUGGGGGAUGGGGGGGUUAUGUCGUAGGAAAACCUGUAUGGAAGAAGUCAGCAGUUGUAUCAGGUAACUAGUAUUAGAAAAAAAAGCGGCCAAAAGAAUCAGAUCAGAGCCUAUAGAUUAAAUGUUGAAGUGAAAAGAUCUUUUCACCAUAAAAUCAACAUGCCAAAUGUGUGUUUAGUUUUAUGUUUCAUUACUCUCUCAUUGUCAUUCUCCGAUUAAUUUCUUUAAAAAAAACAAACUGAACAGGAACAGAAAAUGGUCUAGUCCCAACGUAUUCCUACUGGCCUGGUUUCAUAAGGUCGACUUUGAUUUGAGAGGGAUUGUGUGAGGACACAAUCAAUGCCUAAAUAAUUGAAGGGGAAAAACCUAGUGACCAGAAGAAUCGGUACUGUUGCAGUGGGAGAAUAAGCACUUUUAUCUUGCUGUGCUCUGUCUGUUUUUACAUCCACUUUGCUUUACUCAAAGGCAGAUAAAGUGCUGAAAUGAUAUAGAAUGGAAACAACUGGAAAUGUGUUCAUCUAUUCUUUCCCAUUUUUAGAAUUGUCUUUUUUAAUCUUACCUUGUGUUGCACUACAAGUAGACCUAACUGGCACAGAGGAGUCGGUGCUGCUUGCAGGGAUGGCAUUUCAGUGAGUUCCUUUUCCAUGAGGACAACAGCAAUGAUUAGUCAGACAUUUUACUGGAAGCACUGGGGGAGUUGGGUAGUGGGGGGUAGAAUGAUGUAGAGUGGAGAAGCCUCUCUUGGACGCCAACCAACGUCUUUCGGAGGAGCACAAUGAAAAUCUCAUUGACCCAGGACUGAAUGAUGAGGGGGAGGAUAAGGCUGGUACUGUUUGAAUGUCUAUGGCUCC